GUAGCCAUUUAAGCAAUUAUAAUUUAUAUCUAUAUAUAGGAACAGGAUGGACACAUUGAAGAUGUACUCUUGCAUUGAUCUCCUCUUCAAAGUCGUGUAAAGGUAACAAAAAUAUAAUGGAGUUUGGAAGCUCACAUGUGAUUGUUCCAAGUGUGCGAGAAUUGGCCAAUGAUCCCAAUAUGGUGACCGUCCCACCUAGAUACAUCCGCCUUGAUCAACAUCAAGAUAAAACCACUAUUCUCAGCCCUACUGUCUCUUCUGAUCAAAUUCCAAUAAUCAACUUCCAAAACUUGUUGCUUAUGUCUACCUCUGAAUUAUUAUAUGAAUCCGAACUCACUAAGCUCCACUCAGCAUGCAAGAACUGGGGCUUCUUCCAGUUGGUAAAUCAUGGUAUUAGUAAUUCAUUGGUAGAGAAAAUAAAAGAAGGGGUAGAAGAAUUGUUUAAACUGCCAAUGGAGGAGAAGAAAAAGCUAUGGCAGAAUAAUCCAGGAGAUAUAGAAGGCUUUGGAGACUCUUUUGUUUUUUCUGAGGAACAAAAGCUUGACUGGAAUGAUGACUUAUUUCUCAUUACUUUACCUCUUGCCUUCAGGAAGCCUCACUUAUUUCCAAACCUCCCUCUUCUUUUGAGGGAAAGUUUGGAAAUUUAUUCGUUAGAACUGGAAAAGCUAGCCAAAGAUAUAAUCUCACAAAUGGAAAAUGUUCUGGGAAUAAAAAGCAAGGAAAUUUCCAAGUUAUUUGAAGAUGGAUUGCAAUCAAUGAGUAUCAACUAUUACCCUCCAUGCCCUCAACCAGAGCAGGUUAUAGGUGUCACCCCUCACUCUGAUGCCGUAGGCCUUACCAUUCUCCUUCAAAUAAACCAAGUAGAUGGCCUCCAAGUCAAGAAAGAUGGCAUGUGGAUCCCUGUCAAGCCUCUCCCAAAUGCUUUCAUUGUCAAUAUAGGAGAUGUACUAGAGAUUUUAACAAAUGGAAUAUAUCCUAGCAUUGAGCACAGAGCAAUAGUAAACUCGGCGCAGGAAAGGCUCUCUCUUGCCACAUUUCUUAAUACAAAUAUAGAUUGCACUAUAGGCCCGGUGAAUAGUUUGGUCACUCAAGAAAAUCCUGGGCUAUACAAAACACAAGAAAGUAAAGACUACAUCAAGGGUAUAUUUUCUCGUGAGCUUGAUGGAAAAUCUUACGUUGAUGUUAUGAAAUUGUAAGCUUAAUUAUAAACUACAUCAUGUACUGAAGGACUUGAGCACUGGGGUUUAAU